AAGAGGAACUAGAAUGAAAGCCUUCCAGCCUCUCCCUUUUCUUGCUCUCCUUUUGGUAAACUAUGCUGCUGCAAGUGGUGCCGCAACUGCCAGCAUAGUUUCUACAACUAAAAUUCCUCUGACAAGCAAACCUGCUCCCAGCACAGAAAGUACAAGUGAAACCUUGGUGGAAGACAGAGCUGAUGAAGACAGAGACAUAGAUAUAAACUCAGCACAAAGUGGCAAUUCUUCUACCAUCACCUCACCUACUUCAAGCACAACCACUGUCAACGCAGACACUGCAACUGUCACCUCAACAAGUGACAAUGCCACCAGCCCACCUACUACAACCACAGACAUCACCAGCACAGACACUGCAACUGUCACCUCAACAAGUGACAAUGCCACCAGCCCACCUACUACAACCACAGACAUCACCAGCACAGACACUGCAACUGUCACCUCAACAAGUGACAAUGCCACCAGCCCACCUACUACAACCACAGACAUCACCAGCACAGACACUUCAAGUACAUCUGUUUCUACGGUACAUUCUUCAACUACAAUGACUUCUACAGUACAGAGUACCAGUGAAGAGUCCUCCACUGUCGAUUCUUUGGGGACAACUAUUUUAACACCUACCUCCACUCUAUCACAGGCCGCCAGUACCACAGGUCCCAGCGAUCUUUGCCAGGUGAGCUCCUGCGGAGUUGCCAGUGGUGCAUCCUGUGUGAAUCUGAAUACCAAACACUUCUGCCUGUGUGUAGAAGGGUAUUACUAUAACAGUACCUCUUCCACGUGUUUGAAAGGACGGUUAUUUCCCGGAGAGGUGACAGUAAGCUUAAACAAAACAUCUGACUUGGAAAAUGAAACUUCUGCGGCUUAUCAAUCCUUACAUGAUCAAGUUACAAGCUUCUUUCAUCGUGCAUUGGGCCAGUUGGCUUAUGGACAGACUGUAAUCGUUAAAGUCAGCAUGCCCCCCUCUCGGCUGGCAAGAUCUGAAAUGCGUGCUGCUGGCGAGCAUGUUAAUGUAUCAGUAGUAAAUAUUUUUGAACAAAACACAAAUAUAACUGCAGACAUAGUAGCCGAGACAAUUCAGAAAGUGCCUUCACAAGAUUUCAACAUAGUAGGCUAUCUCAAGAAAACUCGAUGUGCUUAUUAUGGUUGUAUAGAAGAAAAUGGUCAAGACUGCCCAGAUCAUUUACAGUGUCCAUGCAAACCUGGACUGCAGAGGCCAAAUCCGCAGUCGUUUUUCUGUGCCCCUCAACAGUGUCCUGAGACCUGCAAUGCGAACUUCAAAAUGCAGUGCUUACAGAAGGACAACGCAGCCCCUGAAUGUGUGUGCCAGCCGGGCUACCAGAGAGAUGGCAACGGGCACUGUCAAGAGUGUUCGUUUGGCUACAGUGGAAUGGACUGCAAAGACAACUUUCAGCUGAUCCUCACCAUCGUGGGCACCAUUGCUGGCGUCCUUGUUCUUGUCUUGCUCUUUGUGGUGAUCUCAAUGAGCUCAAGGAACAAGAAGAAGAAUGUGGAAGAACAGAACUUGAUUGAGGAUGACUUUCAGAACCUGAAGCUGCGGCAGACAGGUUUCAGCAACCUGGGAGCAGAUGGCAGCAUCUUCCCCAAAGUCAGAACAGCGCCCUCUAGAGAUGGCCUGGCGCAGAACCCCUACGCGAACCAGAGGCGCAUGCCCUACCCUGACUACUAGGUGGACUAUUAAUCUGAAAAAUUUGGAACCCUCCGUGGCCCAGCCCAAUACCCAAGCUGCGAUCUUGAGUGUUUAGAAGACAAGGGGAAGGAGGCGCCCAUUCAUCUGGCCUUAGUGUUCCCUCCCUCCAUGUGCCAGCCCCUCUGAGUGUGCGUGUGUGAGGAAGGCAACUUGCUGGACAAGUUCCAAUGACGCUGUGAACACUUUUCUGGUCCCUGGGACGAUGCUGCUCUUAAAGUUAUGCCCAGGGACUCUGGCCGCCCUUGAACAGCCAGUGGCUUGUGACAGAACCUCACUACAAGAAGACAGGGAAGGGCUGGAGAGAUGGCUUAGCGGUUAGGGCACUUGCCUGCAAAGCCAAAGGACCUCGGUUCAAUU